UAUAAACAUAUUGGUUGUCCGUAGAUGAGUUAUUUAUAUUACGAAUUUAAUUGCUUAAGUCGUAAAUAUUUUGUUCUAUAUGAAAUUGGAAUUGUGUAAUUAUUAGUUGCUUUAGUGGCGUAGUUGCGACUAUUUUGUAAAUAUAAUCAUUGAAAUGGGUUCGACUACCGAUACAAAUUACCAGUCCUUAAAUGAAGGUAAUCCUUUCCGAAAGGAAGGUGAAGAGUUUCACGACGACACUCCAGGAGAUAGUGCAAUCAUGAUACAUGAUGUACCCGAAACCAAUAAAGCUCGAUGGAAUCAUAUUGAAGACUUGGAUUCAUUUUUUACUCGGAUGUAUAACUAUCAUCAAAAACAUGGAUUCUCCGUAAUAGUUCUAGAUGAGAUCUUUCAGAUUUGCAAAUUUGGCUUUGUAGUGUGGUUGCUAACUUUCACGAUAUAUUGCAUCGAUCAUCCGGUAUUAUUUGGAGACAAGACACCACUGAGCAACCAUACCAAAGUUAGUUUAGGAGAUGUUAUAAUUCCAACGGGGGAAUGUAUUGCUCAUUUCAACGGCUUUACAUAUUUAUUACUUCUCCUGGCGUUGCUGUAUUUUGUAGUACGUUUUCUGAGAGUUAUCUAUUUUAUAACUCAGUAUAUGGACAUGAAGAAAUUUUAUCAAAGCGCCCUGCACAUAGACGACAAAGAAUUAGACAAUACAACAUGGCACGAAGUAAAAAUGAAGAUUAGAGAAGUUCAAUCCGAACAACAUAUGUGUAUCGAUAAGGAACAAUUAACUGAAUUGGAUAUAUAUCAUCGAAUCUUGAGGUUUAAAAACUAUAUGGUUGCCUUGAUGAACAAAAACCUUCUGCCUGUGAAAUUUCACCUACCACUUUUUGGAGAGGUAGUUACUUUGAGUCGUGGACUUAUAUUUAAUAUACAAUUCAUACUAUUCAGAGGUCCUGGCUCACCAUUUCAAAAUAAUUGGCAACUUCGUGAUGAUUUCAAUUUCCGCAGCAACCAGGUUGAACUGGCCCAACGAUUAUCAAAACUUAUUAUGUGGGUAGCAAUAGCAAAUUUGAUUUUAGCGCCAGUAAUUUUUGUGUGGCAGUGUUUAUAUAUCUCAUUUUCAUACGUAAAUAUCUUAAGAAAAGAGCCGGGAACUCUAGGAAUGCGGAUGUGGUCUAAUUACGGUCGCUUAUAUUUACGCCACUUUAAUGAAUUAGAACAUGAACUGGAUGCACGUCUAAAUCGGGCUUAUGAAUAUGCAGACAGAUAUCUCAGCUCGUUUUCAUCUCCUUUAAUGACUCUUAUUGCAAGGAAUAUCCUUUUUGUAACAGGUGGAAUUGUAGUAUUAAUUUUAGCAUUCGGCAUAUACGAAGAAUUUGUUUUUCAAGUCGAGCACGUAUUAACGAUUUUAACAAUUCUAAGUCUAAUCGGAUUAAUAUGCAGAUCCAUGAUACCCGACGAAAAUUUGAUAUGGUGUCCCGAACAAUUGAUGACUGCUAUAUUAGCACAUGCUCAUUAUCUGCCAUCCAACUGGAAGAACAAGGCACAUACAGCUGUUGUGAGGAAAGAAUUUGAGAAUUUAUUUCAAUUCAAAGCGGAUUACUUACUAAAUGAAAUUAUUAGUCCCCUUGUAACGCCGUUCAUACUAAUGUUUGUAUUUCGGCCGAAAGCAUUGGAGCUGGUGAAAUUCUUUAGAAGCUUUACAGUCAGUGUAAAGGGCGUUGGAAACGUAUGCUCAUUUGCUCAAAUGGAUGUUCGAAAACAUGGUAAUCCCAAUUGGCAACUUCCCAAACCUAGCACAAAGCAAAUGGGAAAACUGAAUGAACAAGACAGAACUGCCAUGAACGAAGUUGAUAAUGGAAAAAUUGAGCUUUCAUUAAUUCGAUUUACUUUAACUAACCCAGAAUGGAAAGUGCCACCAGAUGCUGUGAAUUUUUUAAACGAAAUUCGGGAACAUGCUGCGGAAGAUCUGAGAUAUGAUAUGGAAACCGAAACUGACAAGAAGCCCAAUCCCAUAACGGAAAGUUUAAUUUCGUUUGGUACAAUUGAUGCUGAGUAUUCUUCCUUGGCAACGUCUGUGUUCAAUGCUCACAAUGUUCAAAGAGCUGAAUUGUUGACCUCGUCUUUUAAGCAAUCCACUAAACCAGAUAAAUCUCAUUACAAAAAAAUGCGCGCUUCUCAAAAUAUUCCUCAGACAAGUGGUUUUGAGCAAAUGCUUCAGCAAAGCCUUGGUGAGCAAGAAGGGAAUAUGCUACGGUUGCAAACUUCAUACCUCGGCUCCUUGGAAAAUAUGCGGAAAUUACGUAUUAGCAAAGUAGAGGGUCGUUUGCAAGGACCAUCAGAAGCACUUUUAUAUAAUUUAUAUGGAAUCGAUACCAAAGUAGUGAACCCCAUGGACAUCACAGUCGCAGAUAUGUGCCUAAGUACUCUCUACUUACAUGAGCUACACAAACAAAAUACCACGCCUAAAGCAGAAACUACUCCGGAUCAGGAGACAGGGCCUAGUACUUCAAAGAAAACAAUUAUUGUUUCAAGUGCAGCAGAAGACACCCCACUUCUCGGUAAUGUACGAUCAUAGCAGGAAGAAGAUUGGAUAUAAGUAGAAAUUAAAAAUAGAAAUACUUUAUUUAGUUUUUUUCUCAAUUCAAUCCCAUCAUGGGGAUGUAUAUACAGUUUUGUAUACGUAUUUAGAAAACUUUUAUUUUUCUGUAUUUUAAUAGCAUUAAAUAUAUGAUGUAUU